AUGGGGAGAAACAAAAUGGAGGAAAGACACAGAGCCCUGAAGGAUGUCAACAUAGAGAACAUAUUUAAGCAUGUGGUCCCCUUUGGGACGGGGGGAAGGAAGAAAACGGCGUUGAUUUUUUACCUUUGUAACUCCCUUGAGGAAAGGCACCUGGAACGCAACGACAUUCUGCUACUCUACCUGAGUCUGCUUCCAUCAUUCCAAGGUCACCUCGAGAAAGUGUUCCAGGAAAGGAGAUUCAGAUGGAGAAGACAGGAGAAGGGAUACGUACAUGUGGAGGAAUCCGAAUUGGAGUUGGCUCUAAGGUUGAGCAAACUGAAUCUGCUCUUUAGCUACAUCAUCACCCAUAUCUCCUAUUUCGUAUCGCUCAGUAGGAAGAAGAAAGAAGACACCUCCUCCCUUCAGUUAUUUAUUGAGCAUAUGCACGUACGUACAUUUCUGACGCUACAAAAAUUUGUAUACGAAAAAAAAAAAAGAAAUCAAUUGGAAAAAUUAAUAACUCUCAAUCAUUUAAAAAUAUUAUUAACUUUUUUAAUUAAUAUUUACAAGUAUAAAAUUUAUCAAGUUUUAAAUGAAGAAAAGUUGUAUAUUAUUUCAAAGUUUAUUUUUUUAAUUAUUUACUUUUUUUGUCAUAUAAAGGACAAUUCCAAAACAGAAAAAUUGUUUAUUUGUUUUUAUGAUUAUGUGUACCAUGUGUCUGAAUUUUUUAUUAGCAAAUAUUUAUACUACCUGGGAAGAAAUGGCAAAGAUGCCAAUGUGUUGUUGCUGUAUUACCAGAACAUGAUUAGCUUUGUGUGUGAUUAUAUGGGGAAGCUUAAAAUUUUGAAGCACGUCGAGAGAUAUAUUUUGAAUAAUGGAAAGAGCCCCUUUUGCAGUGUUACCCUCCUCAAUGUUGUGAAGAACACCGUGGAGCGCCACUUGCUAUGUGCACAGGGGGAAGAAGAUCAUUUGAUGAAGUUGAGGAGGAGAGAGGUGUCUCCUCCGUCGAGCCUACAUAAUGAGGGUAGUCUCAUAGCGGAUCAGAAAAAUGGAAAGAAGGACAGCAUCCUCCUGAUGCACAGUAAAACGGUUAGCCAAUUUGUAUUUUUGAAGCUACUUCGAUUGGUGGAAAUAUUAUUAGUGAAGAAGGACAGAAUUUAUUUAACCGUCUAUUUGCACGAGACGAUACGGAGAGUAACCAAGUCAACAUUGGAGGAAGCUUUCCUCAUUCUUAAGGGGGGAGAAGACAGGAAGUGCAAGAAUAAUAUGAUGAUGAUAUACGAUCGGAUGUUCCACCUUUAUGAGUACUACUGUAACACCCUUUUUUAUAUAAUAAACCGAAGUGAUAAAAGGAAAAUACGAGAGAGAAGAGGAGAAUUCAACACCUCAGGUUCUACCAAUACGACCUACAUGUACUUGCUGAACAGCUGCAUUUUUAACCUGUACGAAAUAUAUCUAGUUCUAAUCCUCCUUCUUCAUGUAACUCCAAAUGAGGUGCGAACCAUUUUGGGAUGUAAUAAAUUUUCCCUCGUAAAGAAAAUGCUACGUAUCCACAUCGGAGAAAUGGAAGUCACUCGAAUUGUAAACCUGUCUAUAUUUUUCUUUGACGUCGUGUUGAAAAAUGUGAUGAAAAGUGCAACGAUGGGACAUUACGCCUUCACCAUUUUGAAAUGCCUCCUUUGGAAUGAUAAAAAAUUAAGUAAAUUUUUUCAAACAAUGGUAGGGAUAUAUGGUGGGAAGAUAAAAGGAUGUGCCAUUAUCGGGUGGAAGGAGAAUAGUAUUCCCCGUGUGAACUGUUUGGAGGAGGCAGAUCGAACCGAACAGAAUGAGGAACCUCAACGUGGGUAUAGUCACACUGAUGUAUUAACAUCCCAUGGGGAUCGUGUAUUGAGGGAAGCCUCCCUGAGUAGUGCAAAUUUGAUUGUAAACGAAAAGAACAGUUUUGUCAUCCAGGUGAAUAGGUACAUGAAGUUGAAUUGGGCCCAUUUGAGUGGGCUGUCAUCGGGGGGGAUGGGAGAUGUGCCGGAUGGUGCCGUGUGUGUGGGAAGCACUUCGAAUAGGACGGAUGGUGAGGAGGUGAAGGAUGAAUUGGAUCUGCUGAAGCGCCUCAGCAGGAGCAGUACCAAUAGGAGCAAUCCGCGCUGCAGCCGAGGAGAUGUCAGAGGAAGGGAAGAAAUCUACACCAAGUGUUACUUCCCAUUACUGAUGAAGCAUCUGCUGUCUCAGCUAAUAAAAAGAAAGAAAAAGAAAAGGGUCCAAGAUGAUGUGGAGAGCAACUGUAAGAACUAUCUAGCAAUAUACAUUAACAAAUUGCACUAUUAUUGUAAUAAUAUUUUUACGUAUAAACCCAUGUUUAAGUAUAACUUCAGCUCCUUUGUGAGGAGCCAUAUGACAAAAAAGAAGAAACACCUGAUAGAGAAUGUGACAUUUUUUAAUCGAAUGUUUAGCCUAUAUAGUAACAAAAAAAAAGGGAGUGACAAGAAAAAAAAAAAAAAUUUUUUCUUCACUAAUAAAAGUUUUGUCAUUUCAAAUAUAGAAAGAAAGUACAGCUAUUCAAAUUACACCUUGCUGAGGAAAAUUUUUAAUUACAAAAUCUCCUACUUUGAUAAUGAACAUUAUUAUAUGAACUUUCUAUUUAAUUUAAAAUUUUUGCACAAUCUGAAUGAUUAUAUUAAUGAGUACUUUUUGCUUAAGAAAAAACAGCUAAACAAAAAAGCUAUUUUUAAUAUAAGCUUGAACCUUAAGGACAAGAUAAAGAAGAUGAAGCCCGCACCAAACGAUCUGUAUGGCCACCCUGUGGGCAAUGGCUCUGUCCACUCACUGGAAGGAUUUGGAAAAACCGAUUUAAAGGGGCACUGGAAAAGUGAAAACAUCGUUAAAGAUUUUUGGGACAGUAAUGUGUGUAUAUAUUCCAGACAGAAGAGAAGAGAAAAAGAAGAAGGAAAUAUGCUGCUGCACUUUUUAUUUAUAAAUUACAAUUAUUGCGUUUGUAGGAAAGACCCUGGUGAACAUAUGAGUCGCUUUUUCCUUCUCAUUUUGAAGUCCUUCGACAGUGUAAUUCCGUAUGUACACAUAUACAAAUACAUUUGUGCGCUGCUUCUUUUUCUAAUUUCGUUCGUGGAGCGGAAGCCUCUGUCGCGGAGGGAUGUCCUGCGCGUGGGGGGAGGAGCCAGCACGACAGGGAAGGAAGCUGAAAUGGCAGCAAAAAUGGCAACAACGGUGGCGGCAACAGAAAUGGCAACAACAGUGGCGGCAACAGAAAUGGCAACAGAAAUGGCAACAGAAAUGACAGCAGCGGGAACUGCAGACUGCUUAAAUAACGCAGUGGAAGUGGGUGAGAAAGGGGACCCCACCAAAUACGGGAAAAACACAUGGCAGGAAAGACGCGAUGGAGGUAAGGCUUGCCCUGUGGGGGGUAGUGCCGUGAGCAGAAUUCUCCUACAAGGAGUGGCAAGGGAAUACGGUCGAGUGGAGGAAGAUGUGAUGGGUGAAAUGAAGAGGGUAGGAGUUGGGGGGGGUAAGGUCCCACUGGGUAAGUACCCCCUGCUGCAAAGAACGAGCAAUCGAAAGGCAGCCCUAAAGAUAUUGAUGGGGACAGUGGACCGGUUAAAGACACACCUGUUCAGCAACACCUUCCACUAUCUGUACCAAGAUGUGAAGAAGUACAACAAAUAUGUAGCGAUGCUAUCUCUGUACUUUUACAAACUGUACUUCACAUUACUUUAUUACGAAAUAUACGAGAAGGAUUAUCUCCAUGGGGAUGAAAUAGAUAUGUUGAAGAGGAAAAUAGCAGAAAUAACUCCUAUUCUGAGUGUAAAAUAUUUAAACAGGAACAACAUACAUAGUGUGUGUAAUCUAGAAAUUAUAAAAUCCAUCAAAGAAGAUCGAACGGAGAAUAAUGAUCAGCUACAGGUUAAUAGUAAUGAUGUGGAGAAAUUGUACGUUAUCAUAAUGCAUUACAUAGAAAGUAUGAGGAGGAAGGAAUAUAUUCUAUACUCUCUGUACCUACUUAUCGAUAAGGCCAUUUUCAGAAAUAAAUAUAUCCACAAAAAUGUAAAAAAGUUAAUUGAUUUUAAAGUGUACAUUUUCCUACAUGACAUGAGAGAAUUUCACGACUACAGCGUUAUCUUCUCCACUUUUUUUUUACAAAUGAAUAUAAUGAGCUAUAAUAAGAUCAUCAGGAAUUACAUUUAUUUUAUAUUUGACCAGAUGUUCAAGUUGAAGUUUAACGUUCUAUUGGAUGGAAAUUUUCUCACUUGUUUUUUGAAGAACCUCGAGAAGAGCAGCCUGGACUAUGCAUUUUCCAAGAUGAUUUAUGAGGAGAAGAAAAAAUUUAAAAAUUUUAUCGAUAAGAAAAAGAGCACCAUGAUAAAAAUUAUUUACAAAGUCAAUUUGUAUAUUACUAUAAAUUAUCUCCUCUUUUUGAAGAUGCUAAAUUGCUGCAAGUUUUUUCUAAAUCUCUACUCUUUUUUCUACUACGAGUUUUACAUUUUCUGUGUUAACAAGUAUGUAAAGAGAUAUCGGGGCAGGGAAGACGACAACAAUGACGAUAGUGACGAUGGUGAUGAUAUUGAUGGGGGUUGUUACUACGGGGGCACGUCUGAAUUGCGCGGGGCCAAGCGGUUGUCUUCCUCAUGCGCUGACCGCAGAGACAAGGGCACCCAAGGGAUAAGCGCUCUUUCAAAUGGUUCCGUGGGAGCUGAGGCAACAGAGCUACUCAAGGGAGAAAAACACAAAGACGGUUCUGCCCCACGGGUGAGGAGCACCCCCUUGUCGAUCGACAAAAGGAGUUUUACGAAGAGGAGCCGCAGCCGAAAGACAGCAUUCAAAGGUUCGCGCUCUAACCAUGGUAUAAUCGGCCGAAGGAGGAGGAAAAUAAACUCCAACUUCUUUCAGACAAAUAAGGAGUUUAGCGAGUUCUUUGAGAACACCAGUUAUGAAUCUCACAAAUCGCUCCGAAUGGAUCGGGCACAUCGGCCGGAGCAGUCACGACGCGCACGCCGUGUGAUGCCAAGCGAGACACAAAAUAACGAGUCCAACUAUUUCAAGGUUUUAAAAAAAAUCAGGGGAGGAAACACAUUUAUUUGUAACCUAUACGAUGUUAAGAUAAGCAAGAAAAUGGUCUACAACAAAAAACACAUCAAGGAAUACAUGAACACGAUCAAUUUUAUCAUCACCAUCUUUCUAACGACCAACAUAAAUAACCUGAACAUGGAUACAUUGAAUAAUAACUACAUGUAUAUCAUUUCAAAAAUUAUUAAGAAGAACUUCAAGUUUUAUUUUUUCUAUUUUUAUUAUAACAUUUUCAGAAAGAAGAGCAAACGAUUUAAAAGUAUCUACAGCGUUAAUGUGGAUACCAUUGUGAAUAACUCCUUUGGUGGGAGCGCUACCAUCGGAAUGAAUGACACUCUGGGAAGAAACGCUACUGACACACGAAAUUGUAACAUCUCCAAACUUAGUAUUAAGAACAAAUAUAUAUACGUAUUGUAUACUCUGUCUACCAUCCUGUCCGUGUAUAACUACAAGUACGCCUUUUUCAAUUACUACUUUUUUGUCUUCUACAAAAUUGUGAAGAUGCUAGCCAUGAUGACUGCAAGGUCCAUAUCGAUAGGGAAUUAUCUGGUGGAUCGUUGUGGGGGGUUAGCGUCAGUACGGGGGGAGCACACCGACUGUGCCGGGAAGGACGCUGUGGAGGGGAUAGUGCCGGAUCAUCUACAGAGGCGGAGAGCACACUGUAUACUCUCUCACCUGAGCAGAGCAGAGAGGAGAUUCCUUCAAAGCGACCUGCUUAUGAUUAAGCGUUACGUGAAUGACUAUAUAAGAGAGAGCAAGGUACAAAUAAAUAGGAACCUAUUUCGUAGCGGUGUGCCACAUAAAUACGUUCUGGAGAGGUACACAACCCUUAUUAAUAACAUACUUCUUCUAUUGUUAUUCACGAACUACUUAUCCCUGACGUAUCAUAAUAUAAAUCUGAUAGAAAAUAAAAUAGUGCAAAGGAAGAUCAACCUGCUAGAAAAGUACAAGCAUUAUCUAAUGAACAGAAUUCUUCAGAUAUAUUUUUUAAAUAUUCCGUAUUUGUGUAACUAUUUGGUGGUCACGUUGGAGUUUUGUCUCCUCUUCAGUAGGACCCUUCUGACAUUAAAUUAUAGCUCCUUCUCUAUGAUUAAGGAAAUGAAAGGCAUUUUCAGAAAUGGCUACAUGUAUCGCUUGGUCAAUUAUUUGAACGCGUUGCAAAAUAUGAAAACUUUCUACCACCUCAGUUUUUACCGGAGCGCUAAUUUAUAUUUCCACAAUUAUAAGAAGGUAGCCGAUGAGAAAUUUGACUGCUUCGGGGCGGGAGGCAUAGUAGGCGUAGGAAGGAAGGACAUCGAUGUAGAACGUAGUUGUAGUAGCGUCCAUCGUGGGAAGACCACCUUGGAGCGCCCUGCGGAGGGCGACAGUGAUGGUAGCCUGAGCGAGUACGACGACUACAUCUACAAAGACGCAUUUAAAGAGGUGAAGGAAGUGCUAAAGAAAAAAACGAAGCAAUACAUGAAAGAUUACUUCGAGAUAAGCAUGAAGAACAUCUUUUACCUUUUGGAUUGCUUCAAGGACAUGUCGACCAUUUCUCUUUUUCUAACUUCUUACCUCUACGAAAAUGCAAACAUAAGGGACAUGUACGGUACCCAGCAUAUACAGAGCAUGAACAAUAUUUAUUUGUAUAAUUUUAAAGCGCUCAAGAUGAAUUACUACUUUCUAUGCAGCGUAUUUUUAUCAGUUGUGGAGAUUUUCAAUUACACUUCUAACUUUUUCCACUCCUAUAACUAUUUAAUUGAUCUGUAUGGGAAAUACAAAUAUAGUUACUUCCUUUACGACUACAGCUUGCGUAAUUUUUUUUCCUUUUUCAAUAUAUACAUGUUUGAGAUGAGUAGGUGUCGACAGAGGAAGAGAACGUUUCUAAAUUUGAAGAAUCAGGUGAGCACUGUGUGUAUUGGUGAUAUCUUUGAUUUUAACAAGUUACUCCUCCAGAAGGGAUUUCUAUUUCUGUGUUUUUUUUUUUACAAUUUUGAGAAUGUCUUGCCAGACAUUUAUUGCGUCAACUGCGCGAAUAAGUAUUCUAUUGGAUGCUACGAUAGGAACGCCCUCCCCGUGGAUUUGGAUUUUGUGCGUCAUAGCAGGAAGGGGAAGGCCACUGUGAGGGGGGUGUCGAAGGAAGACGCAGUAAGCGGAGUUACUAUGGGCCCUUCGACCGGAAUUGUCAAUGCCCAGAGCUUCCUUGGAAAGAGGAACAGAAGAAAGGUAUAUAAUCAUCUAAGUGGCAGUGGUGGUGAAGACACCAUCGCUGUGAAGGAUUCGAACAGAGAAGGGAAGAUAUCGCAAGGAGGAUAUUUCGAAAUGUUUUACAGUAGAGAAAGGAAUAAGGAGAUGGCCGUUUCGGUCGAACAUGCAGGUGGUAUAGACCCCCUUGAGACGGAAACCCAUAUGAGCAGAGGCAUUAGAAAAAUUGAUGAGGAAGUAAUUCAUUUUGGUGAGAAUCGAACGAAUGGACAUUUCGAGGAGAUUGAUGCACAAGAGGGGGAUCAUUCUUCCGGGGAGAAGCUCACACUGGAAGAGAAAAAUUCUCACAGUAGAGAUAGAAAACUCAGUCGGGAUGUGUCCACUCCCGUGCGGAAGAAUGGCUCCAAAACGGAAAAUGGGAAAGCGAAUGAGGAGCAUAGUAAGCCCACUGGAAAGUACAUUGGAGGGAUUAUUUCCUAUUUUAAAAAUAAAGUAACUCGAAUGGGCAACAAAAAGGGAGGGGGAGGGGCGAAAGAACAGGUGAAGAAGAAAAUGCGAAAUGGUUACUCCUAUUAUGGCGAUUCUGUAGAUGCGGAGGAGCAUGCCAAGUGUAGUUCCUGCGGAGCGAACAACGAAUGGGGCGGGAAAAAUCUGGUCAGAGAUUCUUCCACCGCCGAAAGGGUUGUGAACAUGAGGGGAGAGGACUACGGUAUUUAUGACAGAGAGGGCCAAUCUGUUCAACCAGGCCAACCCAGUCAACACCGCGAUGGUGGCGAUGAGGGUGAGCUUUGCGCGCGGAGGUUGAGGGAGAAAGACGUGGAGCUUCUGAAGGCGUACAAGUAUCUGCUGGCUUACCAGAAAGGAAAUAAAAGAAGGCUGUAUGAUUACCACUUGAAGGAAGAGCUUCGCUGCAUGUGUAUAAACAAGUACAUCCAUGUGUGCAAUUUAGUUUACAAUUGUCUGAUGUACAUGUACGAACUCAAGUACAAAUAUAAGGAUAUGAAGAAGAGAAGGUUCUGCCUAUUUACUUAUACAAGGCUUACGAGGAAAAAAGAGAUGGAGAGUAUGAAUAGAUCUAAAGUUAAGAACGAAAUUGUUAUCAACACGAGGCAUUUACUUAACCUUGACUUCAUGAUUAUGAGCACUCUACAUCUUGCAGAGAGCAUCUACAUCAACCUAUACAAGUGUAAGUUGUUCACAGAUAUGUGUAUCUUCAAUAAUAUAAAGUAUGUCUGUUUGGAAAAUAGCGAGGCGAAGAAGAAGAAUAGUUACCAGAAUGGAACUCAUAUUGUCCAUUCGGGAAGUAAUUGCAAUAAUGUCACAGCUAUUUCGGAGCGAAAGCACAGAAGAGAUGUGGAUGGAAGUGCUUACCAUUCGGAUUACUUGACGUAUGAGGAGAGUGCCAACGGUGGAAGUUCCUUAAGUACACGCGAUGUGCCUGAGGAGGAGGGCGACGAUUGCUCUGAGAAAAUGAAGCGGGGUGCGAGAAUUCGGAGAACUACAUCCCUCGAUGUGGUAAGCGGCAGGGAUAGCGAUAGCGACAGCAGCGAUGAUAGCAGAAAAACGAGAAGGGGAAAGAAGGAAAAAAGCAAAGGUAAAAGUAGUAGGAGGAAGAAGAGAAGUGUGAGGAGAAUGACCUUCUUCCUGAGGAGAAGGAAAAAACACGAUUCUUCAAAAAGCAGCAAAAAUCUGUCCAUUAACAAUUAUCUGUUUGCUGAGAAAAGCGUGUCGAAGAAAAGCUGCAAAAUUAAGGAGCCCACGAUUAACUACUUUCACAAUUAUAAAAUUUUGUCGGACAAGUAUAAAGCCAAGUUGGCAAGAAUGAAGAAGAAAAAGAGAAAGAAGGAGAAGGAAAAGGAGAAAGAAAAAAAAAAAAAAAAGGAGAAGAAGAAGAAGGAGAAAAGGAAAAACAAGGGAAAGAAAAAAGGAGACCAAAGUGAAGCAAUUAGAUCGACCAACGGAAAUGCCUUUUACUACUAUGAUGGAAUUUAUCAUAUUGACGAGGAUCAUGAGGAUGAGCAUAGACCUAGUGGGAAGUCCAAAUGGAACAUGCGGAGAUUUUUCUUUCGACGAAAGAGGGGAGAGGGAGACCCCUCCGAUGGAAGCGCAUACAACGAAAGGGGAAACGCUUCUUCUGUUUAUCGUGCAAGUGAUCCGGUCCGAAUUAAUAACCUGUUUGUGAAACAGCAAUGUAGGAGGAUGAAAAACAAUGUCAUGAAUGAUCUACUCAGAAUGGAGCAAGGCAAUCUUGAAGAGGAAAACAUGGAUCAGAUAAAACAACUAUUCAUAACUUUUAACAAUAAUUACAAGGAGAAAAAAAUCAGUGGUUACAUUAGUAACAUAUUCAGUUAUACUUCGCUGCAUUCCAACUUUAACAUCUUCUAUAGAAGGCAUUUUGAAAUGUUUGGGCAUAAGGUAAAAGUGGGGAGAGGGUUGCUCAAGGCACUGUACUCAUACUACUACAGACAUAAUUUAUCGACAUUUUAUAAGCUUUUUAAAAAGAUAGAAUAUAUAUAUGUAUACUUAAAUUUGCAUUUUUACAACUCUCUUUUUAAUAUGGACGUGAAGGAAGUGAAUGAAGACAUUGAAAAGUAUUCCUUAUUCAUGGUGGUGAAGUACAUCAAGAGACACAUGCAUAACAACCCCAAGCUGUACUCUACCUUCAUAGUGAGGGUGUUAAAUUGUGUAAACAGCGCAGUUCACAAAAUGACAAACUAUCUAUGCAUGUACCUUUAUAAGGAUCUCAUGAAUAUUCUCCAUCAGUACUUGAUACAAGUCAGCAUAAGCAACAAAUUAACUCUGAACAAAUAUAACUUAUUUUUACUGAAGAAGAAUAAGCUUACAUACGUUCCUAUUUCUAAUAUUUUAUUUCUGCACUGUAAUCAGUUGAGCCUUAAUGAUAUAAUGAAAAUUCUGUACAGUCAUCCACAGUAUGGUCUCUUCCAAAGAACGCUGGCGGUUAGCAAUUUGCUGUAUUGGUACAAGAAAAGCACCAUCACAAAUUGUAUUUAUUUGCAGCUCUUUGAGUACUUGAAGGUGGAUCUAGGGAACCGAGUUUUUUUCUUCAUCGUUUUUUUCUCCCUGCAGUCUUUCCUCUUUCUAUAUCAGUUCUUUUUGAAUUUGCACACUUACAUUGAUGAUGAGUAUUUGGUUGACUUUGCCUCCUCCUCCCCUUACGAAGGGAAGAGGCAUCACGGAAUUCAGGAACUCACCGAUGGUGGACGCGAGGAAGAAACGCGCAUUGUGAGUGCUUGGGAUGACAAACACAUUGUAAGCACGCUGGACGAACAACACAUGCAUCACCAGUGUGUGCUCUUCAACACAGAGAUGUUUGCCCGUAGGACGAACCCACUGAAAAACCUGCUCAUGCUACUCUUUCCAAAGAGUAAAAGAAACCCUCCCACGGGAGCAGGAAGAACUGACAAACAUGGAGACAACACCACAAGUGGUAGCAAGCAUCAAAAAGAAAUCAACAUCAAUAAUUUUAUUUUUUUUAAGUACCAAAGUUACGUGAAGAAAUCACACGUUCUUUCCAUAAAGUGCUUUCUUAUAAAAAAAUUAUUGGUCCAAAAUUUGAGUGAGAAAAAUAGGAAGGCACUGAUAGAAUCGUGUCGUUUUCAUAAUUAUGUUUUUUACACAAGUCAGCGAGCAGCCCAGUUGGACAAAAAUAUUCAAGAGGAUUUUGUAAAAAUGGAAAUGCAGAAUUUUUUCAACAAUAUGGAUGUGCGGAAGAUAAAACUACUGACUAGCAACAAUAUCGUUUGGGGCGUAUCCGAUGAGGUGAAGAUUCUUAUGUCUGCCACGAGGACGCCCAUUCUGUUAACCUUCAAGACAUUCAAGAAAGAGCAACUUGUAAUAGAUACUCCCAUGAGUGGAACCACACUUGGAUGUAUUCCAGGCAGUCAUUCAAAGGAGGUGAUGCCAUCGGACCAUGGGGCGAACGAACGGAAGUACCAUCGCAUGUGGUCUCUUCCAAAUGUCAGGAUGGCAAUUUCCAAUGGUGCCUCGGAUAAUGCUCCUCCAUCGAAGAAGAACGAUCGAAGUUUAUUUGUCGAAGGAGAAAAAACACCGGAAGAGGAUACGAGGAGUGGUACCAAAAAAAGAUUACAUUCUUAUUACUUAUCCAGAGAGGAACAUAAGGGGGGUUUAGGGACAUACGAACAUGCAAAAACCGAUUGUGUAAAAAGAAGCGUAAAGUUGGCAAAACAACAUAUGGAAGGUAGCAGCAGUUUAACUCUCCCGUCUUUACAGAGUGGCCUUUUGACCUGCCCCCAAAGGAACCUCAAUUGCCAGGAUGUUUCAUAUAUAUACAAAGUUAAUGAUGAUGUGAGGCAAGACAAACUGGUCAUACAGAUAAUUCACAUUUUCAUCCACAUCCUAAGUGACUAUAAAUCUUUUUAUAAUUUAUUUCCUUACAACAUCGUAACGAAUAAGUAUAGCAACGUACAUGUGAAGGGGGCGGAGGGGGAACACAAUGGCAGGUCCGCCGAGAAUGAGGCAAAGACGCAGAAUGGGCGCAAAUUUUCCUUCUCCUUCCGUCUCUUCGGGAGGAGGAAAAAGGGGCGCAACGAUCAGCGUAACGAUGAGAGUAACGAUAAACGCAACGAUGAACGCAACGAUGAACGCAACGAACAACGCAACGAGGGGGGAGCCAAGGGGGAAGUGAGCAAAAAGGAUUUCUCCGAAGGAAACACAAGUAAAAGGGAUCGCCCUAAAAACAGUACCAUCCCGCGAGGCACCACCGACCAGGGUGAUGAGAAUACCCCCCUGAGGGAAGAGCCACACUCCCCAGUCAAACGCAGUGACCGUGGGAACGGAGAGAAACAAGAAAUAAAGCAAAGCAGAGAUGCCCCGCAAAAGGAGCACUUCGAACGAACCAUAAUUCCAUACGUACCAGAACACGUUAGCGGGUACUCCAAACAAGUAGAAACAUUGACCAAAAAAAAAAAAAAAAAAAAAAGAAAAAAAUUCGAAAAUUUCGGGGCAGUAAUUGAAGUAUUAGCAAAUACAAAAAGCAGACAUGAAAUAGGAAGGAAAUAUAAAAAUAUAAUAAAGUUUUACCACUUGAAAUUUUCUCACAUGAACACGUAUAUAUAUGCUUUGAAAAAUUUUAUCUGCUCUUUGGCUGCUUACUCCCUUCUGUCUUUUGUUUUGCAAGUGAAGGAUAGACACAACGGGAACUUACUGUUUGAUGAUUACGGAAAUAUUAUCCACAUAGACUUUGGUUAUAUCUUGAAUAUCUACCCGGGCAUCUCAAUAAACUUUGAACUGGCCCCUUUUAAGUUAACGAGAGAAAUGAUCAUGCUCCUCACCAUCAAAAGUCAGAAGAAGCAGUAUUUUAUUUUUACCUACAUCCAGUUGGUUGUCAAGGGGUACCUGCUCCUGAGGGAAAAGAGCGACUGGCUCAUUUCGUCCAUUCUGAGUCUGUCCCACUCGGACAUCAAUUGCUUUAAGUACAACACGGUGGAGAAGUUGAGGAAGCGCCUGAAACUUGAUAAAAGCGAUAACGAUGCCAGCAUUUUCAUGAUAAAUAAAAUCCAUCAGGCAUACAACAACAUAACGACGAUUAUGUACGACUACAUUCAGAAUAUCCAACAGGGGAUCCAGUGA